AUGACCGAUAUAACAAAAACAGCGAUUGCAAAGUUAAGUGUUGAAAACUACUUUACCUGGAAAUAUAAAAUGGAAUUGCUAUUGAUUAAAGAAAAUCUAUGGAGUGUUUUAAGUGAAACAAAACCAAAAUGCCAGGACGGCACUAACUCGAACAUAGGAAUUGUAACCGACUGGCAAAGGCGAGAUGACCAAGCUCGUUCUGUGAUCGGACUCUUGGUUGAGGACAGCCAAUUACACCUUAUUCGAACAAAGAUGUCGGCACGUGACACAUGGACAGCAUUAAAGGAAUAUUAUGAAAAGGAUUCACUUGGCAACAAAGUUAACCUUAUGCGAAGGAUUUGCAGCUCAAAAUUGAAUGAGGAUGGCAAUAUGGAAAAACAUAUUUGUGAAUUAACAGAUCUGUUUCAGAAAUUAGUUGAUCUUAGCCAGGAACAAUUAUCAGAAAAAUGGACUGUGGCUAUGAUUUUAAGCAGUUUGCCAAGAAGCUACGAUACAUUGGUUACAGCGCUUGAAGCGAAACCGGAAGCUGACUUAACAAUCUCUUUGGUAAAAUCAAAACUAAUUGAUGAGUAUAGUCGACGCAAGAAAAACAGUAACCAAGAUAACGGCAGUAGCGGUUUAAUUUUAAAGACUACUCAAGGUACACUAUCAUGUUUUUUUUGCAAAAGGAACGGCCAUUUAAAGAGGGAAUGCGAGGCAUACAAGGUAUGGAAGGAAAAAAGAAAUAAAGAAGAAAAGUCAGCAGCGAAGAAAACAGUAGACAAUGACAAAGCAAAUAAGGUCGAGCAGAAAGAUGAAUUUCUAUUCAUGGUUUCGUCAAAUAGCUCAGGUGACUGGAUUAUUGAUUCCGGUGCGACAAGUCACGUUACAAGUAACAAAAAUUGUUUUGUUUCAUUUGAACACACAGACAAUUCAAGUUUAAAUGUAACUAACGGUCAAGAUAUCAAUGGAAGCUUGCUGUCAGUAAAGAAGCUAGUGAAUAAAGGCUUUACAGUUAACUUUUCAGGUGACAUUUGUGAAAUCAAGGUCGGACAAAAACAGAUAGCGGUUGCCAAGGCAAACGGUAACUUGUAUAAGUUAUGUCACUCAGAUAAAAUUAGUAAAGUUACUCAGCAUAAGUCAAACUGUAUGCAUCAUUGGCAUCGAGUCUUUGGGCAUCGAGAUCCGAAUGCAAUCAAACAAAUGUGCACAAGACAAGCGCCCAAUGAGACAAAAAUUUUUGACUGUGAACUUAAGAAAUCCGAAGUCGAAAUCAAAAUCAAGAAGUAUGUGGAGAUGGUGAAGAAUAAAUUCUCAAGACGACCAAAGAUAAUAAGAUCAGAUCGAGGAGGAGAGUAUGUCAAUAAAGCUAUUGUAGAGUAUUUGAAAAAUCAAGGUAUCCAAGUACAGUACACUGCACCUUACACACCACAACAGAACGGUGUGGCUGAAUGA